AUGGAGAAGCUGGACACUACCGAUGGACAGCUUUUUAUCAAGAACCUCGCUAGUUUUGUACGAACUCACGAGAAGGCGCUCGCGAAUGCACUGCAGCUGAAGCGCCAACCGACCCGAAAUGGCCAUACUACUCAGUCGGGCUCGUCCUCGGGCUCGACAUCCUCUACACUCGCUGCGGCCUUGUCCUUUGGCGCGCUGAAAUUCACUUCGCAGAGCGUCAAGCCCGCGAAACUUACUCUUACCCCACAUCAUCUCUUUUACCUCCUCUCCCGCUUUGAAGAGAUCUCCAUUGCCGUGGGCCCCAUGAAUGUUAGAUUGGAGAACAUCCAUACCGACGUGUCACAAUCCUACGUGUCCUUCCUGAAUAAACCUCAAAGGUCAAAGGGUGACAGAGACUCGAUUCACUCCGUGUCUAGCGUCCGUAGCGUCAUGUCUGGUAUGAGUUCUCUCUGGUCGUCGUUCGGUUUGGUUUCAAAAGAGUCUUCCUCCAAAUCUGAAAAAGCCAAGGCCGCCUUAGAAGCGGAUAUUAAGUACCUGUACUCGGCUUUUACAAAGAUCCCCUGCCUGCGUCUAGCCCCCGACCGUCGCGCACGCCUGAUCCGUGGCUACGAAGAAUUCCCCUUUGACACUGCCGUUCCUCUUCAUUCCUUCAAGAACUUGAGCGCGCUAGAAAUCAUUGAUAUAGACUUCCGUUCCUUCUACGGCUGGGACCGACUCUCGGAACAACUACGAACAUUAACCCUAAAGAGGGCUAACAUUGAAGACCCGGCGGAGUUGCUUACAGGCAUCGUGUUGGAUGACAUUGACAAACGCCGCCGCCGUUCCUCAAAACACCAAAGUUCGCCUGUGCUAGGAUGGAGUGGAACCACCAACCCUCGGCCGGUUAGCAGGCAUGACGCUAGCGGUUCCCUUUCCGCUCCUGGAUCUCCGGUAGCAGACACCGCACUUGGCUCCAGUGCCAGCCCCCAGGCAGUAUCAAUGAUAAGAUUGGCAUCUGAGGGGGCCAAACCCCGUCCGCGAGCUGGAAGUGUUUCUCCUUCGCGUCCAAGUGCCUCGAAGCACUCUAGUCAUCGUCACAAUCGCGGCCAAUCUUCGCGGAUAAGACGCACUGGCUCAGGAAGUUCCAAUUCAAGCGAAAACUCAGGCUACCGUACUGGAAGCUCUUCCAACCUGUUAGCCACUGUCCUUCCGCCAUCCAAAUGGCGAUUCCUGCGCCAUCUGGGGCUCGCCGAUAACUCCCUCACCUCUGUCUCCGCGGCGGGUCUAGCUCCUGUUGCCAACACCUUGCACUCUUUGGAUCUGUCAACAAAUCUCUUCACUGAGGUUCCCGACAGUCUGGCCUCUUUGAUUGCCCUGAGAGCUUUGAACCUCUCCAACUGCAUGAUAGAAUCUCUCCAUUCUCUGUCUCGCAACCCUCUUCCCGCUAUCACUGCCCUGAAUCUUCGGGCAAACCGCCUUCGCUCCCUCGCGGGCAUCGAACGAUUACUUUCUUUGGAAAGGCUAGAUCUUCGCGAUAACAAACUUUCUGAUCCUAUGGAAAUCGCCCGGCUAACCAGUCUCCCUGAAAUACGGGAGAUCUGGGUUGCAGGAAAUCCGUUCGUGAAGACCCAUCCAAACUACCGAGUUGUUAUCCUCAACCUGUUCCGCCGCACUCCUGGGUAUUCGGAAGAUAUCAUCAUCGACGGCUCCGGCCCUGGAUUCACGGAGCGGAAACAGCUGAUCGAGCGAGCUGCAGAGCCGGGGGUCGUGCCGGUGAUUCGAUCUACCGUCGCGGAUAAUUCCACGCUCGUCAGCAAGCCUUCCGUAACCCCUGCUUCGGCAGCCUCUGCCACUCGGCCUGCACAAGACGUCGACGCCUCAAGGGCAGAGCAUCUCGCCAACGACAAUGGCAUUGGGUCUAGCCGCAGGAAAAGAAAUAACCGAAAAAAGAUCAUUGACCAAUCUGGAGCUGCCUCCAUUGAUGGUGAUAGAGAUUCAGGUGCGGUGGUACCUUCCGUCUUUUCUGCUCAAGAUCCUCAGUUACCUGUUGAUCCGUUUGUUUCGUCGCCCACCGACAGUCAAUGGAAAUCUGAUGGUGGUCCUCAGGCCGGAUCCUUUCACCUCCAAGGCCCCGGAGCGGCCAAAAAAAAAAGCCGAGAUGACUCCGCUGUGCCGGCAAGUGAAUUUGUUCUGCAGCAAACGCUACAGAGUCUCGAAUGGGGCGUGGACAGUGACUUGCAAAAACACCAACUUACAGCGCUCCAGCAAGAGCUCGGUAGUAGCUUUUUUGCAGCUCUGAGAGACCACGCCUGGAACCAGGCGCAAAAGACUGUCGCUGUUCCCCGCACGGGCACCAACUUCAGUGAAUCGUCUCGACUGUCACCUGAAUCUUUGACGAGAGCUAAUACUCAGCCGAUUCUGAGCGGUCGCCAUCCUAUCGUAUAACCUAAUCCGAGCCGCCUUCUUCCCUUGUGUUCCAAAUUAUCAUCUCUCCUCGCACCUCUCCUUUCUGCCGAGGAGACUUACCAUGAAACGCAAAUCGACAGAGACUUCUUUAGACAAAAGUUCUAUUUCUGCCUUGAUUCGUUUCAAGCUAUACGGCGGUUCUAUUCUUGCCAUCGUCCACUAU